CUAUCUUCCCAAAAACCCCUCUUUUCCUUUUAACCUUCCAAUCUCUGAAAUUUUUAAUUUAUUUUUUUCCGACCGCCGGGGAUUUUCGCCGGUGAUGUAAUUUUCCCGCCCUUUUUUGUUUUUGGAGGUUAAAGUUUUUUUUUUUUUUUCAAAGAAGUGGAGAAAAACACGACAUGACCCAGCGAUUCAUAUGGCACCGGCUGUUUUGGCUACCUUAAACGAACCGUCGUACCAGGAACAAUGCGGCGCCGUUUUUAUGAGGAAAUUUACGAACCAAUCCCUCGCCGAAAACACCAACAGCCUUCAUCCUCCUCCUCUCUUCAACCCUAACCCUAACCCUAAUUUCGACGGGAGCAAUUCGGGCAAGCAGUUCGAUGAUCCGUCUGGUUUUGGAAGCUACGCUACUUUCAAUGUCGCUGGGUACUCCUCGAAUCAGCUCAGGGAGUUGAAGAAGCGUUUCGCCUCUGAGCUCGAGCAGGUUCGGAUCUUGAGAGAACGGAUCGAGUCAGGCACGUUCGGGACUCAGCAAGCUUACACUUUACCGGAGGUGCUCGCCGUUCGUUCAGCUCCGUUGAACAGCUUCGCCGGUGAAACGAAUGAGCUUGGAUCGAAGAAGAAGAAACAGAAGAAGAAUGUGUCAGCUGUGAAGCGAAGCAAUCAAUUGGCUGCUUUGGAUCCGGAGUCGGAGAAAGUGUUGGCGGGUAUGUUGAAUACUUGUGGUCAGAUCUUGGUUAAGCUGAUGAAGCAUAAAUGGGCUUGGGUGUUCAAUACCCCUGUUGAUGUGGUUGGCUUAGGGCUUCAUGAUUAUCAUGUGAUCGUGAAGAAACCUAUCGAUCUGGGUACGGUUAAGUUGAAUCUUGAUAAGGGGGUUUACGUUUCGCCGAUUGAUUUCGCUACCGAUGUCAGAUUGACGUUCUACAAUGCAAUGUCGUAUAAUCCAAAGGGACAAGAUGUGUACAUUAUGGCUGAGAAGCUUCUGGAUCAUUUUGAUGGAAUGUUCAACCCUGCAAUCAAGAAGUUCGAGGCUCAGCAGCUAAAACUCACUGGUUCAUCAUCUCGUCCUGAACCUGAGUUCAAACCUGAGUUUAAACCUGAGUCUAAGCAUAGACAGUGGAAUCAGAACCCUAUGGUGGCGAAUCCUAGGAAAGGAACAGAACAAAUAUCUAUAGCUAAGAAGCUUGAUUCAGUGAAGCCGCCACAACCUACAUUGCCUCCUCAAUUAGUCGAGCCUACACGUGUGCAAACUCCUUCUCCUCCGCCUCCUCCGGUGGUUCAGCCUCAACCACCUCUUCCGCAGCCGGUUACUGAAGAAGUUGAAGCACCUCCUGAUGUGAGUGAAGUUACAAAAGGGAGGAAAGGGAAGUUGCCAAAGCCUAAGGCAAAGGAUUCAAACAAAAGGUUGAUGACCAUGGAGGAGAAGUCAAAGCUUGGUAUGAACCUACAAGACUUACCUCCUGAGAAGCUUGGGCAGUUGGUUCAGAUUCUCAAGAAGAGAAACGGACAUUUGUCACAAGAUGGAGACGAAAUUGAGCUAGAUAUAGAAGCUGUUGAUAAUGAGACUCUAUGGGAGCUUGAUCGGUUUGUGACAAAUUACAAGAAGAUGGCUAGCAAAAUCAAGCGCCAAGGGUUUAUCAGGAAUGUGACAACUCCACCUAGAAACAUGACUUCGAUGGCAGAAAUGGGUAGUGCGGAGAAAAGAACAAGGAAAGGAGAUGCAGGGGAAGAGGAUGUUGACAUUGGAGAAGACAUACCAAUAGAAGAUUACCCAUCAGUAGAGAUUGAAAGAGAUGGUACCGCUGUUGCAGCAGCUGCUAGUAGUGGCUCUAGUUCUUCAGGCAGUUCCAGUUCUAGUAGUGGUUCCUCGUCUAGUGAAUCAGGGUCAGGAGGGAGUUCAUCAGGUAGUGAUUCUGAUGCAGAUAGUGUCCAAUCGCCAUUUGUGGAAGCAAAAGAAGCUUAAUGAUAGAAUCAUUUGGGGAUUUUAGCCAUUGAUUCUGUCCUGAAGUACUAGGAACGUUUAGCUGUGGGUGUAAAGGGAGGAAGGAAGGAAGGGAGAGAAACUGAAAGGAAUGGAUUUGUUUUUUCUUUGGAUGAAAACCUUAGGAAGCAGUUGUAGGUAGAGAAAAAAAAUGUAAGGGGUAGAUAGAGAGAAUUCUAGGUUAAGCAAGAAGAAGAGUUUGUUAUUUAAUUACCUGUUAGAUUUAGGAGUUGUUUAGUGUAAUUGUGAAAUGCUGAAUAGUGGGUGAGAGAGUGAAUGGGCAAUGUAGGAGGAGGAGAAGAAGAAGAAGACGAACGAGAGUGUCUUUUUGGGUUCGAUGACUUUUUUUUUUCUUGCUGUUGUUAGUGUUCAAGAGUUUGGUUGUGGUAGGAAAGAAGGUAAUCGAAGAGUUUUAAAAGUAAACCAUGCAA